AUGGACACGGCAGCAAGUGCAGCACAUUUGGCACCCUGGAUCGCAAAGACAACCGAGAACAUGGAGAUCAGUCUAGUGCGUCCUAACUUUAGCGAUGCAGAGAGUACUGAGCCAACAACAGCUACCACCUUUGAACCAAACUUUACAUAUCCAAUCUAUGGCGAGCAAGAAGUAGUGUUUGGCUACAAGGAUUUAUCGAUCCAGCUUUCAUACGCAUCCGGCUCAUUGCGUCUCUAUCCACGUGUCGAUUACAGCGCAAAGUAUCAAUCAGCACCAGGAUCCUCCUCAUCAAACUCAGAUCAGGUCCAUGCGGAUGAUGUUUUUGGUAUGAUCAAGGAAUACUUGCCACCAGAUUGUAUCGGGAAUGCGGAUGAGUUUACUCGUGUCGUGCUUGAAGACGCAAAGACGUUCAAACCGAUUGGAGAAAAAGUACAUGAGUAUAGCAGAGAAGGUGAUCAAGGCGAGGAUGAGCAUUUCGAGAUUUACAAGGCAUCAUUCAGUAAUCCCAAGUUUCGAGAAUACCAUCAACGCAUGCAGCUCUUUGUAUUACUAUACAUUGAAGGAUCAAGCUAUAUCGAAGAUGAUGACAAGAAAUGGGAGAUCUAUACCAUAUAUCGACGAGAGCACACGGGCGAUUCAGAGAUGUACCAUUUUGUCGGAUAUGCUACUAUCUAUCCCUUCUUCUACUGGCCAGAGAAUACACGUAUGAGAAUCAGUCAAUUCCUCGUACUUCCACCAUUUCAAAAGCAAGGCCACGGCAGUGAAUUGUACAAGACAUUAUAUCAAAUUCUUAUGACGAGGAGCGAGAUCAAAGAGAUUACAGUGGAAGAUCCAAACGAGGAAUUUUCAGACAUGCGUGACAAGAAUGAUUUCCGACAUCUGUUGAAUGAUAAAGCGUUUGAUGGGUUGAAGGCACCUGUUCCCAAAAAGACCAUCAAAGAUUUGCGGAAAAAGUACAAGUUGACCGAGCGACAAAUCCAACGAUGUAUCGAAAUGUACUUGCUUUCAAAAGUCAACAAGUUGAACAGGGAAGAUUACAAGGCAUUCCGACUACAAGUCAAGCAGCGUCUUUAUCUUUUCAAUUUGGAUGCAUUGCAGGAUAUGGAGCCAACCGAGAAGAAAGAAAAGUUACAUCAAACAUACGAAGGAGUGGUAGAAGAUUAUCAUCGUUUAUUGGAAAUGGUUUAA